AUGCAGAAGUUAAAUACGAAAUUGGUCAAUCUUUAUUCAAGAACAAUUUUAGCAUCGAUCAGGUUAUAGUAAGUAAUUUUUUAUAUUUUGUUUAAAAUUUAGUUCGUCUGAAAAUGUUGAUGUGGACGAGAUAUUGGGGCGGAGUUUGCCCAAGGAAGAUCGGCAACAGUUGAAAGAGAAGCUCAAGAGGAUUGAGAAGGAUUCUUUUGAUGAAGCCAUGCCAUCACAAACGCAGGAAUUGUUUGCGGAAACUGAAAGUUUGUUAAGCGACAUUACAGUGAAGAAGGCUGCGCCUCUGCCUUCUCGCUCGUAUUUGCGUCGUGGUACGUCAAAAGCAAUGGUUGCACUAAAGAGAGAAAUGUUUUUGCGAGCUCAAAGUGUAAGUUUAUAUUAAUUGUUAAAGAUUGAUUUAUUUUCUGUGUCUAUUGUUUGAUUUUUUUGAAUUUUCAGGACGGAUUAUCGGAAGAAGAUGCGCGGAAGUUAGCAGAUAAUGUUGUAGAAAGAGCAGCGAGACUUUAUAACCAAAAGCAGGAAAGUGAGUUGGGUCAGUUAAGAAAGGAACGAGCUGAUGAGAUUGAAAAGGAUGCUGAAAUUGAUGAAAAACAACAAAAAAUAUUCGAGUUGGCCUCGGAAAUGUUUGAGUAUGUUUUGUUAAUAUAUUGUAUUUUUAAUUUAAGAAAUGAACUAAAACGUAUGUUUUAACAAAGAAUAAUAUUAUUAUAACAAAGAAUAAUAUUACCGAAUUUUAAAAUUUUUUAGGCAAAUUGCUGCGCCAACAGCUAGAGUAGUACAAAAUCAGAAUACUCGUAUACGGAUUGAGCCGUCAGAAAAGUUACCUAAAAUUUUUGCCUCUACAAAAGACGCUUUGAACAUUUUUGACGUGGACAAGCUUCGGUCAUCUGGCGUAAACUUUUGGAAUAAGAUGGAAGAUAGAAAAGCACAGAUAACGAACAUGUCAAUGGGAUGUGAAAAUGCGUUUGAAGAGCAGAUUCAGUGGACAGAAGAAGGGAAGUUGUGGCCAUAUCCAAUUAAUAACGAAUAUAUGUUGGGGGACGAAGAAAGGGUACGCUUUUUAGUAAAAUUAAUAUUAAUUUAAAAUAACAAUAGAGAAGAAAGUUUUUAGUAUAAAAAAAUUAUGCGGCUUAUUUUGAUAUAUUAUAGCUAUGAUUUAAGGUACAUUUUUCUGAGCACAUUUUCCUCGACAGCUACCUCCAAAAACACAAACAUCUUCCUAAAACAGGACCAAUUGCUCACUUCAUGGAGUUGGUUGUGGUGGGGCUUUCUAAGAACCCGUAUAUGACCUUGAAGAAGAAACACGCUCAUUUGGAUUCUUUUGCCGAGUUUUUCAAUACCGAACGAAUUAAGGAAAUUGAAAAAAUGCAUGCUGAUGAGCAAGCUGCUGUUAUCUGA